GGGGAUCUCCCACUCCUUCAUCUUGUCGUCGCCUUCUCGCUGGUCAUCCUCGCAGUCUACUCUAGUCCCUAUCCCCCUCUCCUUCCUUCUCUUCUCCGUCCGACCCGUCCUCAUCCUGUCUCAGGCUCAACAAACCUAGCAUGGGUGCUCUAUGCUGUAGUGCGCAGCCCAUAGACUUUGAUGGGGAUGUGAAUCUCUUCCAUUUCGUACUUCUGAGGUGUGUGGGCAAGGGAGCCUUCGGCAAGGUCCGUGUCGUCCAGCAUAAGCAAACGCGGGACUUGUAUGCCCUCAAGUAUAUCAACAAGCCGAAAUGCGUUAAGAUGAAGGCGGUUGCCAAUAUCAUCCAGGAGAGGAGGCUGUUGGAGGAGAUCGAUCAUCCCUUCGUCGUUAACCUGCGAUAUGCUUUCCAAGAUGAUGAGAACUGUUUUUUUGUGUUGGACCUCAUGCUGGGCGGUGAUUUGCGAUUCCACCUCGAGAGACUGGGCUCUCUCUCGGAGGAGACAGUGCGAUUCUACGUCGCCGAGCUCUCAUCCGCCCUCGCAUACCUACACGACCAUCGGAUAAUCCACAGGGACAUCAAACCAGACAAUAUCCUCCUGGAUGAGGCCGGACACGCUCACUUGACAGACUUCAAUAUCGCUGUGCACUACUCCGACCGCCGGCCUCUCUCGGGCGUUGCUGGGUCCAUGGCGUACAUGGCACCAGAGAUCCUCGCCAAGCGGGGCUACUCCUAUCAAAUCGACUGGUGGUCGCUCGGCGUUUGCGUAUACGAGCUAAUUUUUGGGCGGCGGCCGUUCCGGGGCAAGACGAACAGCGACCUCACUCAUAGCAUUGUCAGGGACAGCCUCCGCUUCCCUGAAGACGGUGCCAGCAGAUGUUCCAGGGAGGGCAUGCAGGUCCUACGCAUGUUCCUGGAGCGAGACCCGCUCAGGCGAAUGGGCUGGAAGCCGGAUGAAGGCCUGGACGGGUUACGCAGUCACCCCUGGUUUCAGUCUGUCGACUGGGACACCUUGGAGGACAAGAAGCAAACGCCACCAUUCAUUCCGGACUCCAAGAAAGCGAACUUUGAUGCGUCGCAUGAGCUAGAGGAGCUGUUGCUCGAAGACAAUCCCCUGAAGGCACGGCAACGAAAGGUGCAGGACAUCAACAACCUCAGUGCUGAAAUGCGGCAGAUGGAGGAACAAUUUACGUCGUAUGACUUCCGGAAUAUGCAGCGGCGAUCAUACUACCCGCAGAACCAGAUUGUGUCGACGGUCACAGCGACGUCGUCGUCUGGUCCUGCUUCGUCAAGACCGGUCACCCCGAUGACGACAAUCGGCGCGGAUGGUAUUCAUGAGGAGUACGCUCUCAAGACAAAGGCACCACGAUCGUUCGAAGGCGACAUGAUGCAAACGCCAGUCACGCCCACCACGCCCAUAUCCAUGAAUCAGCCAGAUUACAUGGGCUCUGAGAAGGACCCACAUGCGCGCUCUGGCAUUGCCUGCUAGAGCCAUCGCACUGCAUGGUUCUAUGCCAGACUGGCCUGUUGUCCUCUCGGGCGCUCUCAACGGGCUUCGUCGAUUGCCUGACGACCUUGAUCUUUACGAGCAUACAUUCCACUCCUUCUAUACCACGGCCGGCCCCUCAUGCCCCUCAUGUCCUAUGUCAUGUCUAUCACGGUCCAGUGACGUUGUUUAUCUUCCUGCGACUACCUCACACCUUCCGUUAUAGUUACUUAUCGCUGUCAGCCGCUGCGUCCGCCCCCAGACCACCUGCACGCCUCCUACCCCCUCCCCUCCGGCGUCGUGGCCGACACAGGUUACCUCCCCCACCCCCACCCCCCCC